UUUUUGGGGAUUUUAGCUGAAAACAAAAAGAGCCCAAUUCCAAAUAAUAUUAAAAUUACGACGAAAAACAGCCAUCACUCGCAACUAAUGAAAUAAAUCUGGCGUUAGCUCAAUGUCUUCAGCGCAGCGUCAGAAACAGUUCGACCUGAACCGCGGCAGAAACGCCACAGUGAGUGAGAAAACGAAAACUAUGAACACGAACUCGAGUUCUCCCGGACAGCGCAAGCUGCAGAUCUCGAUGGAGCGUUUGCAAGUGCAACAGCCAAAUAUCAAUAGACGUGCCGCCGGCUCCAAUUGGCAGGCGGCAGCAGCCACUGGCACCGAGAACCAAAAACAUACAGCCCAAACUGGCAAUGGAGACGCAAACGCGGCACUAACCAAAUCGGCGCGUGCGCGUCUAAAGCGCAAGGCACAGCGCAAUCGCAUCUUGGCCAUGGACUGUGAGAUGGUGGGCGUGGGUUUCAACGGACAGGAUGAUAUGCUGGCGCGUGUGUCUAUCGUAAACAAAGUGGGCGAGGUGCUGCUGGACAAGCAUGUUAAGCCCCGCGAGCCAGUGACAGAUUAUCGCACAAGUAUUUCGGGCAUACGCCCGCAUGACAUCGAGAACGCCGAGGAGUUUAAAGAUGUGCAAGAUGAGGUAGUCAAGCUGCUACACGGCAAAAUACUGGUUGGCCACGCUCUGCGCAAUGAUCUCGCCGUCCUGAGCAUAAAGCAUCCCGUGGCCCAAAUUCGUGAUACCUCUCGCUAUAAGCCGCUCUGUAAGCUCGUCUCAAAUGGACACACACCAAGCCUCAAGCGCCUUACAUUGGCCGUUCUGGGCCAGGAGAUACAGACCGGGGAGCACAACUCUGUGGAGGAUGCACGCGCCGCAAUGGGCAUCUAUAAUCGAAUUGCAGCUGAUUGGGAGAAAUAUCUAGAGAAGCGUCAACAUCAUAAAUGACAAAGAAAGAAGAAUCUGUAGCAUUAAGUGUUUAACAAUUGAGUUUUUUAAAUGAAACACGUUUUGUAAAUGUAUAUAUAAAGUGUUGAACUGAAGCUAUGUAUCUAAA